GAUGGGUUUGUUUUCUUUUUAAUUCUCUAUUACUCCCUUGGUAGCUCCAUUUGAAUAUAUUGACUUUGAAUUUAUAUGAUCCUGGAAUUUGUAUUCCAACUUUGACAAUCCUCUCUGGCCUCUUUACUAAGUCUUGAGUCACUUAGUGUGGAUCUUGAAUUAUAUUCUUGUUCAUUUUAACCCUCAUUUCUAGUUUUGAAAGUUUUUGGCCGCGUUGUUGUUUUACUCGAUGCAUAUCUUUUGAUAACUCGUGUAUCCUACCUCCCAGUUUUUCUUGAGAUAUUUGCAUAGAUUCAGAUCCUUUGAAUUUUGCUAUAUUAGAAACCUCUUGAUCCCAUCACAUACUGUUCAACUUCUUACUGUUAGUUUAUUGUGGUCUGUCAAUGUGUUCCUUUUCCAAAGAAAGUUUAUUAUAAACUUGUUCGUUGAGGUAUCACCGUAAGACGAGCAUGCAAACCCUAAGUACUUUCGGAUGUAUUAUGGGAAAGAGAGAACAGACUCGGCUCAUUUCAUUCUAUUUUACAUUUCCAAUGCUUUCCCGACCAAUUUUCAGUUUAAUUUGUUGUUUUCACUUAUGCUUCCAGGCUCCAGCACAUUUAAACACCCUAAGGUAUAUUUGGUUAACUUAUUAAUGAAUUUUAUUUACUUCAUCGGCCGAGUGUUCAUCCCGUAUUUAUAAUAUAUAUACUUCUUUUGUUAUAUUUAUUAUACCUUGCGACAAUCCUAUUUAUCAUUUUUUUUAGCAAUAUUAUUUAAAAGCCUACUUAGUCGAGCUCCCAAGUUUUAUUUCACUGUUAAGUUGAAUAUUACUUUAUCGAGUAAUCUGUUAUUGCAAUUCUCCAAGCGUAAGUAUCUCUCUCCUUUGUGAACCUACCUAUCAGUAAUUCCUUCUUGGAUCCCUGGAAGGUUUCCCUUGCAGCUGAACCGAUUCAUUUGUUUGAAAAAUGGAUUACGUUUCAAUAUCUGUAUGCAAUGCUGAAUCUUUGUAAACACUGAUGGGCCAGAGCAUCCCUAUGGAUUGCACAAGUGAUAUUGACUUUGGAAGUAAGAGCUUGCUGUACUUCUAGUUGGUGAUUAUAUAUGACACUUUGAGAGUAUUAAUUCUUUCUUUUGUCAUUUACCCAUGGCUGAAUCAUUCUCUAUUUCGAGUGAGUGCCGAAUUUUACUUUCCCAAUGUUCUCAGCUUCACGCUUGCUUUGAGAAAGAGUUGUAUUCUCGUCCUUUCUCCUUUUCACAGUGUUUGUCUUCUAAAAGAUAUUCCGUGCUCUUGCUUAUUGACUGUGUAUUUGAGUUGAACAAGAUCUUUAUCCUCAUUUGAAGAAUAAUUCUGAAUGGAUCUGUGCAUCAUGUUCCUUAGCAGUGGUUCACGAUAUGUCGAUAUAUAUUUGAAAAACAUAAUCAUGGCAAACAUUUCGAAUUUUUUACCUAUAGAAAACAGAGAAAUCAUUAUGGGCUCUCAUUUUAUUUGAGCCAGAAGCAUUAAAGAAGGUUCUUGCUUUAAUGAAUUCCUGUGUAGUGGGCCUAGUAACUGUACACACUUGUAUAGCUUUUACCAAAUGGGUUUGUGCUAAUAAGCAGCGGAGGAGUUACAAGCAAAUUAGGUGCUUUACGUGAGCUUUGAAAGUUUAUUCCAAAAUGUGUAAGCUAACUUGUCCUUCUUCUAUGACACUGUGUGAGCCCACUCAGCUGAUGAUAAAGGAAGGAUUAUCUCUUUCUUUUAUGUAUUAUUCUAACACCCCUAACAUUGCUAUGUAAUUCAAAUCCGCCUAAUUUCUGGGUCAAAGUCGAGGAACGUUAACUUAUUCUUCUCCUUUCUUAGUAUUAUAACUUUUCCAUGCUGUGUCUCAGGAACCUUUGAAAUACGGUCCGGACUGCUAGCUUCAAUUCAUAGUUUUGAGGACUGACUAACCCCACGGAUAUGUUGUCAUAUUUGGCUCAGCCUGGUAUAGCGAGCAAGAAAAGGCUAAAUUCAUCAAAAUCCAAACUUGAAGAAAAAAGUUAAAGUGUUCCAAUGUGUUCUCCAUAGCUGUUUGAAGAAUUCACAGUAAAAAAAUACCCAAAGCUCUUCUCCGAUGGCAGAUAAAUCAAGACCUAGUACAUUGACUGUUUACCUCUAUGUUCCCAAUGUUAUUGGCUAUGCGAGAAUUAUAAUGAAUUGCUUUGCAUUCGCAAUAUGCUUUGAGAACAAGCGUCUUUUUUCUAUUCUGUAUUUCAUCAGUUUUGUAUUUGAUGCAUUGGAUGGUUGGUUUGCACGCAAAUUGAAUCAAGUUUCAACUUUUGGAGCUGUUCUUGACAUGGUUACUGAUAGAAUAAGUACUGCCUGUCUCUUGGUUAUUCUAUCCCAAGUUUAUAGGCCUGGAUUUAUUUUCUUGUCAUUACUUGCUCUAGAUAUUGCCAGCCAUUGGUUGCAAAUGUAUAGUUCCUUCUUGGUGGGGAAAAGUAGUCAUAAGGAUGUCAAAGAUAGCACCAGCUGGCUGUUCAGGCUUUAUUAUGGAAAUCGGAAGUUCAUGGGUUACUGCUGUGUGUCUUGUGAGGUUCUUUACAUUGUUUUGUUUCUUUUGGGAAAGAAUCAGCCUGAGAAUAUCAGUGAAGUUUUAGUAAAUGCGGCUAUGCAAAGCUGGCUCUAUUUUCCUCUGCUUUCAUUGACUCUUAUUGGAUGGGCAAUCAAGCAACUAGUCAACGUUAUACAGAUUAAGACAGCCGCUGAUGCCUGCAUUCAUUACGACAUUGAUAAGCAGCGGUAGAAAGCAUUGGUGCAUUUGGCUUUUUCUCGGUACUUUGGCGUUGACCUUGGCUAAAUUGACAUGCGUUCUUGAACUUCUCAUAAUCGAGACUCAUUUGAAUCGGUUUCGUGACUGAACUUGGAAGCAAACCUUGUGUCUUGAGGAGCAAAAACACUGAAAAGAAACAUCAUGUGUACUCAUUGUUCGAAAUCCAACCAGUUGGGCUCUUGUUAAAGUUACAAUAAGGUAUAAUGAAGCUGAUAGUUGAACCCAAUCUUUGAAUCAAUUUGUGCUUAGAUUGUUGUUUCCUUGUUCAAAUUAUUGUAACUCUUCAUGCAUUGUGGUUUCAUUUAUCGUGUAGACGUUCAUUUAUUGUGGUUCCAUUCAUUGUGCUUUUUUUUUAUUUAUUU